UAUUGUCCUUCUUGACUUUAAUAUCUACAGCUCUCCUUCGUAAGCCAUAUAAGGAUUCAGCAAAAGAAGCAUCUAAAGAGAAUGUGAGGGGAGCAAAAGAAAUGAGUUUCAGGCCAAUAAUACUAAACUUUAUUUAUAGAAUUGAUUGGGUUACUCAAGACAGAAUAGCACACUUGCCACAUAGUUUUUUCUUUUAUGUUUUGCAAAAGGAAAGCUUAUGAAUGAGGGUACCAGAGAGGCUAGGCUCCCCACUAAAAUCCUAUGGAUGAGGAGAAUGCGUGUACUUAGGCGUUUGCUUCGCAAGUACCGUGAGUCGAAGAAAAUUGACAAGCACGUGUACCAUGACAUGUACAUGAAGGUUAAGGGUAAUGUAUUUAAGAACAAGAGAGUGCUCAUGGAGACUAUUCACAAGUCUAAGGCUGAGAAGGCCAGAGAAAAGACUUUGUCUGACCAAUUUGAGGCUAAGCGUGCUAAGAACAAGGCAAGCAGGGAGAGAAAGCUUGCCUGUCGUGAGGAGCGGUUUGCACAGGGACCUGGAGAAAAGGCACCUGCUGCACCCACACCUGCACCCCAACAAACAGAGGUUUCCAAGAAAACCAAGAAGUGAUUAGUGAAGGUCACCCAAAAACGCUCUUGAAUUUUGUCAGUAGAAGUUUUCUUUUUAUUUACUAGUUUAUUUUCAUGUAAACCAUUAGACUUAAUGAGGUCUGGUAAUUUUGUUUUUGCUCUCCCA